GGCGCGCGCCGGGAGUUGAGAGCGGCCGUCGGAGCUUCGCACGUGUGUCGGCGCCGCUGAGUGCGCGAUUGGCCGCUCGCGCCGCAGGACCCGGGAGCAGCGUUUUGAAGAUUUUACUGUAACUGCCUUUGAGAAGAAGCUAUUUGGAUCCAAAAUGGUAGUCUUCACAUGCAAUGCAUGUGGAGAAUCUGUGAAGAAAGGACAAGUUGAAAAACAUGUAAAUAUUUGCAGAAGGUGUCAGUGCCUUUCUUGUAUGGAUUGUGGCAAAGAUUUCUGGGGUGACGAUUAUAAGAACCACGUGAAGUGCAUAAGUGAAGAUCAGAAAUAUGGUGGCAAAGGUUAUGACGCAAAAACUAACAAAGGCGAUGUAAAACAGCAGGAGUGGAUUCAAAAGAUUCAAGAAGUAAUGAAGAAGCCAAACAUUAACCCCAAAGUACGAAAUAUUUUAGAGCAAAUACGUGCCUAUGACAAUAUUCCAAGAAAAAAGGUCAAAUUUCAGAACUGGAUAAAAAACAGUUUGAAAAUUGAAAACAGUGCUCUGCAGGACCAAGUUUGGGAUAUUUUUUCUGAAGCAACUGGGAAUAAGGGAACAAACCAAAAAGAACAAGAGAGACCAGAGCAGAAAACAGGAAGCGAAUCUGCAAAAAGUGAAGUGCAUCCGACACCUAUAGGGGAAGAUGAAACUUCAGUUGAUAAAUCUGAGAAGAAAAAGAAUAAAAAAGAACGAAAAGAAGAAAGACAAAAAAACAAAAAGAAGGAGAAAAAAGAAAUGAGAUUAGAAAAUCAGCAAAACUUAGAAAUGAAAAAAAGCAAAAAGUCUAAGAAAGAAAAUGUAGACAUGGAGCACAAAAGUGAGGAGACUUCCAAAAUCGAAGAAAAAAAGAAAAAGCGUAAAAGGAAUAAUACGUCUAAGCUGGAAAUAAACGGAAAUGGUUAUCAGAACGAGGAGGAAGUGAUGGAACCGAACGUAAAGAAACAAAAACUUAAACAUGUAGACGAUGAACCUUUCACAACAAAAGGAAAGAAAAACACUAACAUCUCUGAAGCCAUGGAAUAUGAAGAAAGUGAGGAAACAAAUAAAGAGAGUGGGAAUGCACAUAAAGGUAAAUUCAACUGGAAGGGAACUAUCAAAGCCAUUCUGAGCCAAGCACCAGACAAUGAAAUUUCAAUUAAAAAACUGAGAAAAAAGGUUUUAGCUCAAUAUCAUGCAGUAGCUGGUGAGCAUCAUAAAACACAAGAGGAUCUUCUGGUCAUAUUUAAUAAGAAAGUGAAUAACAACCCCAAAUUUAAAGUUUUAAAAGAAAAAGUUAAACUCUUAAAAUAGAAAAGAGUUUUCAUAAUGCUCAAAUUUUUAACUUGCAGACUGUAAGCUAAAUUCUCCUACUGAGUAUGCAAACACAGCUUCCACUGACUGCACCAUAAGCUGAGUUUGUGUAUGUGAAAACAAAAUUUAGCUGUUUUUUUCCCCCUUGGAUUCUCCUUCUUAAUUUUCCCUACAUUUAUAAUAGAAUACUGGGGAAGUGUUGCAUAUCUGUUUUCAGAAAUCUUAUGUAUAUUUUUAUAGAACUUUUAACAGACAAUAAAAAUAAUUGCUACCUGUUCUAUUACAAA